AUGGGUCUCUUUCCCGUCGAAGGAAUUUCUUCGCCGGCGAUUUCGCAACAGAUACCAUUCAUCACCCACAAAAACCAUGCCAAUCCGAAGAUCCAGCAACUUAAUCAAUCUACCGUCGAAACCACCGUUUCAUGGACUUCUCGCAUCACUCUCCUCUCACGGAAUGGUCGAUUAGCGGAGGCAGUGAAGGAAUUCUCCGGUAUGAGACUCGCCGGCGUCGAGCCUAACCACAUCACUUUCAUUGCUCUACUCUCUGGAUGGGGUGAUUUACUCUCCGGAAGUGAAGCCUUGGGUGAUUUGCUUCAUGGGUAUGCUUGUAAACUUGGUCUUGAUAGAGCCCAUGUCAUGGUUGGUACUGCAAUUCUCGGCAUGUACUCCAAGCGCGGACGUUUUAGGAAGGCUAGAUUGGUUUUCGAUUACAUGGAAGAAAAAAAUUCGGUUACUUGGAAUACAAUGAUCGAUGGGUACAUGAGGAAUGGUCAAGUCGAUGACGCUGUUAAGUUGUUCGACGAAAUGCCUGAACGAGACUUGAUUUCUUGGACAGCUAUGAUAAAUGGGUUUGUUAAGAAAGGUUUUCAUGAGGAAGCUUUGGCAUGGUUCCGUGAGAUGCAGAUUUCUGGAGUGAAACCAGAUUACGUUGCUAUUAUUGCUGCUCUUGCCGCUUGUACAAAUCUUGGUGCUCUCUCGUUUGGANUAUGGAUACAUCGUUAUGUUGUGAGUCAGGAUUUCAAGAACAAUGUCAGGGUGAGUAAUUCACUGAUUGAUUUGUAUUGUCGAUGCGGAUGUGUGGAGUUUGCUCGACAAGUUUUUGACAAAAUGGAGAAACGAACCGUUGUUUCAUGGAAUUCAGUCAUUGUUGGUUUUGCUGCUAACGGGCAUGCACAUGAAUCUUUGGUCUACUUCAGAAAAAUGCAAGAAGAAGGGUUUAAACCUAACGCAGUCACUUUCACCGGGGCGCUAGCCGCUUGUAACCAUGUAGGUCUAGUCGAAGAAGGUCUUCGAUAUUUCCAAAGUAUGAAAAGGGAUUAUAGAAUCUCGCCUCGAAUUGAGCAUUAUGGAUGCUUAGUGGAUUUGUAUAGUCGGGCUGGGAGAUUGGAAGACGCUUUGAAAGUGGUACAGAGCAUGCCGAUGAAGCCAAAUGAAGUCGUGAUUGGAUCGUUGCUUGCAGCCUGCAGGACUCAAGGGAACAAUACUGUCUUAGCGGAGAGGGUAAUGAAGCAUCUUAGUGACCUCAACGUGAAAAGCCAUUCAAAUUAUGUGAUUCUUUCGAACAUGUAUGCGGCUGAUGGAAAAUGGGAAGGAGCUAGUAAGAUGAGAAGGAAAAUGAAAGGUCUCGGUCUAAAGAAGCAGCCUGGGUUUAGUUCAAUAGAGAUUGAUGAUUGCACGCAUGUGUUCAUGGCAGGGGACAGUGCCCAUGUCGAAACCGCUGAUAUCCGCGAGGUCCUCGAGUUUCUUUGUUUUGAUAUGCGAUCACAGGGAUAUGUAGCUGAAACGCUUGUUUGUGAUCUACUGAAUGAUUGA